AUGCCACCCAGAAGACGCAGGAUGUCGGAGCAGUUCUACGAGGAAAUGAAGACUCUACUUGAUCAGAAGGACUCAAUCAGACGUGAAGUUGAGACUCUCGAAGCUGAAGAAAAGCUACAGGAAAUUCAACUCGCCAGACUCACGCAGGCCAUUGAAGACCAUGAAGUUGCGUCUCUCAGACAACAACCCAGGCUCGCCAUACCUGUUGGAACGAAAGAUGGACCGCUUACCAGUGACAAGCAUGUUCCACUUUUCAGAAUGUUCAGGGAGACCAGCAUGGAGAAGGAGGAGGGUCACGAUGCUGAAGAUGAGUAUCGCCAAGCUGCAUAUCUCAACCAACAAUCGGAGCGUAUCAUGCCUAUCAGGACGAACGCUCAACGGCCUGCCAGUGACAAGCAUCUUCUACCUUUCAGAAUGUUCAGAGAGACCGCCACAGAGAAGGGAGAAGAUCACAAUGCCAAAGUCGAAGAUCACGAAGCUGCAUAUUUCGAACAACUAUCGGAGCGUGUUAUGCCUACCAGGACGAAAGAUCAACGGCCUCCUAGUGACAAGCAUCCUCCACUUUUCAGAACGUUCAGGGAGACUGCCACCAAGAAGGAGGAAGAGCACGAUGCCAAAGAUGAUGAUAUCAAGAGGGACAUGUCUGCCGAGGUCGAUGAGGUGAAAGCAGAGGAAACGUUUUUCGAGGAGGCAUUCAUUAAAGAUGAAGGUGAAAGUAAAUCGCUCUGA